AUGGCCUCACUCUUGACCGCCCCGAUCCUGCCCCUGGCCCUGCUGCUGCUCCAUGCUGCCACGGUCCUCGGGUCGCUCUCGUUCCGGAUGUCGCCGACGAAGAAGGAGACCAGACUGGGCGAGAAGGUGGAGCUGCAAUGCGAGUUGCUGCAGUCCGGCAUGGCAUCAGGGUGCUCCUGGCUCCGCCAGAUACCCGGGGACGACCCCAGACCCAUCUUCCUAAUGUACCUCUCCGGCCAACGGCCCAAGCUAGCCGAGGGACUGGACCCCAAACACAUUUCCGGCUCCAAGGUCGCCAACUCCAGAUUCCAGCUCACCCUGAGCAGUUUCCGCCAGGAGGACCAAGGCUACUACUUUUGCUCGGUCUUGAGCAACUCGAUCCUGUACUUCAGUAACUUCGUACCUGUCUUCUUGCCAGCGAAGCCCGCCACCACGCCGGCGAUGCGGCCAUCCACGCGGGCGCCCACCAUCGCGCCUCAGACUAGGUCUGUUUCUCCGCGCUCAGAGGUGUGCCGGCCCUCGGCGGGCAGCGCAGUGGACACGAGCCGGCUGGACUUCGCCUGCGAUAUCUACAUCUGGGCUCCCCUGGUCGGGACCUGCGCCGUCCUUCUCCUGUCGUUGGUCAUCACAGGCAUCUGCUACCGCCGAAACCGAAGACGUGUCUGCAAAUGUCCCAGGCCCGUGGUCAGACAAGCAGGCAAGCCCAGCCCUUCAGAGAAAUAUGUCUAA